AUGGGGAACUGCCUCAAAUCCCCCACCUCGGAUGACAUCUCCCUGCUUCAUGAGUCUCUGUCCCACUGCGCUAGCUUUGGCGAGGAGACCGAGCCAGAUCAGGAGCCGCCAACACCAUAUCAGGAACCAGUGCCAGUUCCAGUCUAUCAUCCAACACCUAGUCAGACUCGCCUAGCAACCCAGCUGACUGAAGAGGAACAAAUUAGGAUAGCUCAAAGAAUAGGCCUUAUCCAGCAUCUGCCUAAGGCAGUUUAUGACCCUGGAAGAGAAGGAUCAGAGAAGAUCUGGGAGUGUGUGAUCUGUAUGAUGGACUUGGUUUAUGGGGACCCAAUUCGAUUUCUGCCGUGCAUGCACAUCUAUCACCUGAACUGUAUAGAUGACUGGUUGACGAGAUCCUUCACGUGCCCCUCCUGCACGGAGCCAGUUGAUGCAGCACUGCUUUCAUCCUAG